CGCCUCCCGGUCCCUCGAAGCCGGCCCCGAGAGCCAGUGGAUCUCCAAUCCAGUCCUGUCCCGUUGCUCCCUCUUGGCUCAGCCUUCCCCACUGCGGGGUUCCCUGAUCUUGAGCUCCCUCUGACCCCAUCCCCUAGCUCUCCUUUUCCUGGGGAUCGACUGGAUCCCGGCCCCGCCCCCCGGGGCUGGGGCGAUCCCCCUCCCCCGCCGGGUGAGGCGCUGCAGGCGGGGGCUGGGCCUGCGGGGCCGCGGGGGCUCAGAGGCCGCCGCCCCCCUUCUGAAGCCCGUCCGCCCCCCACUCGGAGCCCUGGAUGGAGGCACCACGGCCCCAGGGCUGAUCCAGGGCGGGCCUGCCUGCACCUUCUCCUGCCUUCUUCCCCUUCCCCACCCCUUAACCCCUCCAUGGAGAGGAACAGACGCCUCUUCCGUCCCUUCUAGCCCAGGUCCCUACCCGUCCCCCUCCUCCUUCCUUUCCCCCGCCCCCUCCUCCCUCCUGGGGCGAGGGGGGCCUCCCUCCCUCUCCCCCCCUUCUCUCUCUCUCCGAGGGGGGGGUCAGGGGAGGGAGGGGGGGUCCCCCGAUCAGCAUGUGGCUCCUGGCGUUGUGUCUGGUGGGGCUGGCUGGGGCUCAACGGGGAGGAGGGGGUCCCGGCGGCGGCGCCCCGGGCGGCCCGGGCCUGGGCCUCGGCAGCCUCGGGGAGGAGCGCUUCCCGGUGGUGAGCACGGCCUACGGCCGAGUGCGCGGCGUGCGGCGGGAGCUCAACAACGAGAUCCUGGGCCCGGUCGUGCAGUUCUUGGGCGUGCCCUACGCCACGCCGCCCCUGGGCGCCCGCCGCUUCCAGCCGCCUGAGGCGCCGGCCUCGUGGCCCGGCGUGCGCAACGCCACCACCCUGCCGCCCGCCUGCCCGCAGAACCUGCACGGGGCGCUCCCGGCCAUCAUGCUGCCUGUGUGGUUCACGGACAACCUGGAGGCGGCCGCCACCUACGUGCAGAACCAGAGCGAGGACUGCCUGUACCUCAACCUCUACGUUCCCACCGAGGACGGUCCGCUCACAAAAAAACGUGACGAGGCGACGCUCAAUCCGCCAGACACAGAUAUCCGGGACUCCGGGAAGAAGCCCGUGAUGCUGUUUCUCCACGGAGGCUCCUACAUGGAGGGCACGGGGAACAUGUUUGACGGUUCCGUCCUGGCUGCCUACGGCAACGUCAUCGUGGCCACCCUCAACUACCGCCUCGGGGUGCUCGGUUUCCUCAGCACUGGUGACCAGGCUGCAAAAGGCAACUAUGGCCUCCUGGACCAGAUCCAGGCCCUGCGCUGGCUCAGUGAAAACAUCGCCCACUUCGGAGGCGACCCUGAGCGCAUCACCAUCUUUGGGUCUGGCGCGGGGGCCUCCUGUGUCAACCUGCUGAUCCUCUCCCACCACUCAGAAGGACUGUUCCAGAAGGCCAUCGCUCAGAGUGGCACUGCCAUCUCCAGCUGGUCUGUCAACUACCAGCCGCUCAAGUACACGCGGCUGCUGGCAGCCAAGGUGGGCUGCGACCGGGAGGACAGCACGGAGGCCGUGGAGUGUCUGCGCAGGAAGUCUUCCCGGGAGCUCGUGGACCAGGACGUGCAGCCUGCCCGCUACCACAUUGCCUUCGGGCCCGUGGUGGACGGCGACGUGGUCCCGGACGACCCCGAGAUCCUCAUGCAGCAGGGGGAGUUCCUCAACUACGACAUGCUCAUCGGCGUCAACCAGGGCGAGGGCCUCAAGUUCGUGGAGGACUCGGCGGAGGCGGAGGACGGCGUCUCCGCCAGCGCCUUCGACUUCACCGUCUCCAACUUCGUGGACAACUUGUACGGGUACCCCGAGGGCAAGGACGUGCUCCGGGAGACCAUCAAGUUCAUGUACACGGACUGGGCCGACCGCGACAACGGCGAGAUGAGGCGCAAGACGCUGCUGGCGCUCUUCACCGACCACCAGUGGGUGGCGCCCGCCGUGGCCACGGCCAAGCUCCACGCCGACUACCAGUCCCCCGUCUACUUCUACACCUUCUACCACCACUGCCAGGCGGAGGGCCGGCCCGAGUGGGCGGACGCUGCCCACGGGGACGAGCUGCCCUAUGUCUUCGGCGUGCCCAUGGUGGGCGCCACGGACCUCUUCCCCUGCAACUUCUCCAAGAAUGACGUCAUGCUCAGCGCCGUGGUCAUGACCUACUGGACCAACUUCGCCAAGACCGGUGACCCCAACCAGCCCGUGCCGCAGGACACCAAGUUCAUCCACACCAAGCCCAACCGCUUUGAAGAGGUGGUUUGGAGCAAGUUCAACAGCAAGGAGAAGCAGUACCUGCACAUCGGCCUGAAGCCGCGCGUGCGCGACAACUACCGCGCCAACAAGGUGGCCUUCUGGCUGGAGCUGGUGCCGCACCUGCACAACCUGCACACAGAGCUCUUCACCACCACCACGCGCCUGCCGCCCUAUGCCACGCGCUGGCCGCCCCGCACACCCGGCCCGGGCACCUCGGGCACGCGCCGCCCGCCCCCACCCGCCACCCUGCCGCCUGAGUCUGACGUGGACCCGGGCCCCAGGGCCUACGACCGCUUCCCCGGGGACUCGCGGGACUACUCCACCGAGCUGAGCGUCACCGUGGCUGUGGGGGCCUCGCUCCUCUUCCUCAACAUCCUUGCCUUUGCCGCCCUCUACUACAAGCGGGACCGGCGACAGGAGCUGCGCUGCCGGCGGCUUAGCCCGCCGGGAGGCUCGGGCACGGGGGUGCCCGGCGGGGGCCCCCUGCUGCCCACUGCUGGCCGCGAGCUCCCCCCCGAGGAGGAGCUGGUGUCACUGCAGCUGAAGCGGGGCGGAGGCGUUGGCGCGGACCCUGCGGAGGCCCUGCGCCCUGCCUGUCCACCCGACUAUACCCUGGCCUUGCGCCGGGCACCGGACGAUGUGCCUCUCUUGGCCCCGGGCGCCCUGACCCUGCUGCCCAGCGGCCUGGGGCCCCCGCCUCCGCCCCCACCUCCCUCUCUCCAUCCCUUCGGGCCCUUCCCACCGCCUCCCCCAACCGCUACCAGCCACAACAACACGCUACCCCACCCCCACUCCACCACGCGGGUAUAGGGGGUGGCUGGGGAGGCCGACCUCCCAGCCCUCCCCAGCCCAGGCCACUUGAAGGCAGGGAGGACUUGGCACCCGGCCUUUCCCUGUGAUUUGUCGACUGUCGUGGAGCAGAGAUAAGGUGGACAUGGGAUUUGUCACCGAGAUGCGCGUUUUUCCCACGCAGAGGCCCGUUCCCUCCUCAGGACCUGGGCCUUUGAACACCGGGGGGGUGUUUUUUGCCCUCCAUUUGGGACACCCGUCUUUGGAGUGUGGAAAUGUGGAGGUCUUUUUUUCCCCCACAUGGAGGUGUGCGGGGGUUCUCCCAUGUGCAGGGUGAGGUGGUUUGUUUGUUUGUUUGUUUUUGUUUUUUUCUUUUUUUUUUUUUUUUUGCUGCCCUGGACUCAUGUGGGCCCCCUCAAAGAAUUCCUGCGGGGAUUUGUACCCCAGAAUCCUGUUCCCUCAUGCCUUUGCCUUCUCCCCGUCCCACUCCCUGGAGACCUUGGAAGCGAUGUGUUCACAUGCAGUGACCGCUGGCCACCAGACCACACAGGGCGGCACCUGGGAGCAGCCAGGGAACCGCAGGCCCCCGAACCCCACUUCCCCUCCACCCCUGAAAAGCAUGUUUCUCCCCCACGGCACAGGCGUGAAGCAUGGCCUCGCUGGAGGCCCUCACCUUCCACAGACAACAUAGACUUCCCGCUAGAGGAAAGGGGGGCGAUCUGCGCGCCCCAGCCCUGCCUGGAGGCUUCCUUCCCGCGGCCCCGGACACAUUUCACAGAGUGGAGACAUGUUCUUGCAUGUGGACGUGUGUUCCCCGGGCAGAGGGCCCUGCUCACCCCAGCGCCCCCCUGCAACCCCCCACCUCAGGUCCAGCACACAGUCCCUCCUUACGCAGAAGGUGGGAACAGACUUCAGAGUGACAGGAGCCGCUGGGGAAGUGCCAGCUUCUUGGGAGACGCUGAGGUGGGAGGAUGUGGAGGCAUGGCACAUGUCACACAAGAGGCCAUGCAUGUUGACCUAAGCCCUCGAGGGGCCUGAGGACAGCCUCUUCCUCAGUCCGUGAGAUCAUCGCUCAUCCGUGCCAAACUGGGUAGGUGGGUUGGGAGGUUCUCAGAAUGUGCCAAGGAUCCCCUAAGUCCUAGUCCAGAGAAGGGAAAUACCCUCCUGAGGGCAGGCGACAGUUACGGGUCCCUCCCUGUGUCUCAUGCCUGUGCUCGCCUUGUCGGCUUUGGUUCCUCAUUCUCUAUCACCUGGCUCCAUCUGUGACCUCUUCCCAUCUCAGGGUCAGACCGGCCUCCUCUCUUCACUUUUGACCGGCUUCCCGUCCCCGAUUGGCUAAAGAAAAGGAAGAGUGGAAGGGGAAGGGAGGAGUCCGGGAAAGGGGUUACAUGGGCAGGUUGGGGAGGGAAUGAGGUCAGCUGUAAGGAGGAUCAGAUGGAGGGGCCGUGAGGGACAGGACGGACUCUAAGACAGGAAGACCUUCAGAGGAGAUGUGGGAGGCAGCUACCUGGAGGCCUCGGGAUUUGAGCCUCUGGAGUGGGCAAUGUCAGGAACCGCUCUAAGGGACAGUGGUGGAGGUGUGACUUGAAUCGUCAAGUAUUGUGUGGCUUUCUGUGGGAUGUCAGUGCCAAACUUGUACAGGGGUGGGGUGCUGUCUUCCGCUGACACCCAGAUCCAGAACCCUCUCCCCAUCCCCCAUGGAAACGUAGUUCUUUUCCGGCCCUUCCCCGCCUGGUCUAGCGACUCUUGGAACAGCCAUGCCUUCCAAAUGCUAUCAGCCUGGGCCCUGAGCCCUGUAAGCAGAUGCCCCAGAGCUGGGGUGUGAGGGGGCUGGGGGACCCCACGAUACAGCCACGGACUCCAAAUGCCCAGCCCCUUUCCAAACAACCCAUGUCCCCACCCCACCCUCUGCGGCUCUGUACACAUUUUUAAACCUGGCAAAAGAUGAAGAGAAUAUUGUAAAUAUAAAAGUUUAACUGUU